AUGAAAACAGGCACCAUUUUCGUUCUGGUGGCUUUCAUCAUCAUGGGGCUGGAGGGGGCCUGUGCUCAGAGACCUCCUAUCAAAGGACAGCAGAGACCUGGAUUCUGCCCAGAGGUGCCCAAAGAUUCUCCAGGGAUUUGUCUUCAUGGGUGCUCAGGAGAUGAUUCCUGUCCCAAGGGAAUGAAAUGCUGCAGCAAUGGAUGUGGCUACAUCUGCAAAAAGCCUGUCUUCAAGAAGGGUGACUCUGGUGGCCGUGGGAAAGCUGGACUGGAGGUUUACUGA